AUGGCGAACGAGAUGCCACAGCCCGACCUGUACAAUUAUGGCGUCGAGGUCCAUGAAACUCCAAAAUUCGAUCUUGCCGCGUACAUCUCAAACUACAGAGGUCGAACCGUGUUUCGGCGACUUCACCUGAUCGCGUCAUGUUCUACAGUCCUGGCGGAGGAGGCUGCCCGAAUGGCCCUGCUCGAGGCGAAGAAAGGCAGUGAUGUCCGGAACUAUGUCGAAGCUGUGGCACUGCUGCAGCGGGUGUCAAAGAGUAAGAACCUAGACAACUUGCUGGACCCAGUAUGGGCCUCUCAGCAAGAAAAGAAGAACAAUGCCGAAACUGCCCGCUUGGAAAAUGAAUUGAAGGGAUAUAAGAAUAACCUGAUCAAGGAGAGCAUCCGAAUGGGAAAUGAAGAUCUGGGUACCCAUUACUACACCAUUGGGGAUUUGAACAAUGCAGUCAAAGCCUAUUCCCGUAUGCGAGACUACUGCACCACCACUGCUCAUAUCACAUCCACCGCAUUCCGAAUCAUUGCCGUCGCGAUCGAGCAGCGAAAUUGGCUGGCUGUCCAGUCCCAGGUACUCAAAGUUAAGAACAUUCAACUCAAGCCAGAGGACAUGGCUAGGAACCAACCAAAAAUACAAGCGGCCUUGGGUCUUCAGCAGAUGUCCAAUUUUGAGUACCGCGAGGCUGCCACAAGCUUCCUUAACACUGACCCCAGCUUGGGAGAGAGCUACAGUGAUGUGCUUACGAGCAACGAUGUUGCCGUCUACGGCGGCCUCUGUGCGUUGGCUUCUAUGUCGCGUUCGGAUCUGCAGACCAAAGUGUUAGAAAACAGCAAUUUUCGCAAUUUCCUCGAACUAGAGCCUCACAUCCGCCGGGCCAUCAGCUUCUUCUGUGCAAGCAAGUACAGCCAAUGUUUGGAGAUACUCGAAUCCUACCGGGCAGAUUAUCUCCUGGACAUCUAUCUCCAACCUCUCGUCUCAGACAUUUACAAGAAAAUCCGGACGAAAAGCAUCAUUCAAUACUUUCAGCCUUUCAGCAAAGUCACCUUGGAUAGCAUGGAGCGGAUGUUUGGGAUCGCUGCAAUGCCGAAUAAGGCGGCGGGUUCGACCACAACAGGAUCAGACUUCCUCAAUGAGAUUGUUUCUCUGAUCCAAGACGGCCGGCUCGGUGCCCGAAUCGACAUGGAACAUGGAGUCCUGGAAGCUGUCGAACACAGUCCUCGCGCCGAGGCCCAGCAAGCUGCGCUGGCCAUGGUGGACGCAUUUGUCCGUGAGGCCCGCAUGAAACUGAUUCGGUUGCAAGUCAUCAAUGCUGGACUAGAGGUCAGGCCGCACCAGAAGAAGAAGACAGUGGGUUUGGGUCAAGGGGAUGGUAUGUGGGAUGACGGCGACGCGAGCUUUACAGGACCUGGCGGCAGAGACAUCAUGGGAAAUGAUUUCGAAGGAUCGACCUACUCUCAACGCAAAGGCGGAUAG